AGUAGGACACGUGACAUUCCGGCAAUUUGAGAAAAAAAAAAACUAUAUUCGGAGUUGUCUAUAAUGCAUAUUUAUGAAAGGAUGCUUGUAGCAUUCUCUAUUGAAUAGAGGCCAUUGACGUCAGAAACCCUCGUCGAAUAUUUAAAUAAUAAGAUUACAAUAAUGAGAUAAUCCACCAAUCCGAAGAAAGGAUAGGCGGGAGCGACACAUCCCGCGGUACCGUUUUGUGGACAACGAGUUCCAUUGUUAGGGCGGAGAGACGAGCAUCUUGUCAGAAUAUCCAUGAUCUUUGGAAGCGCUGAUACAAAGCCGUGAUUUGUUCUCCAACGUUUAUUUUGAUAUUCAAAUGAUUUCCCUACGUUAUUUUAAAUGACCAAAGAAACAUUUAGGAUAAACGAAGAAGUACGGUUGAUCAGUACAGUUCUAGCGCAAACGCAAGAACGGAAUAUCCCGGCCCCGUAUGCAGGAACCCUCAAUUCUCGAAGCAGUGCGACAAUCAUUUAAUUUUGUAUUGGGAUGCCUUGGUGGACUUCAACUUGGGCAAUUGGACUGGAGGGGACACCCUCUCAUAGCUUAAUCUUUCUGCGCCAUACAGUAAGAAACAACAACAUUUUAUAGUUGGGACAAAGUAUUUAUUCCCUACAGAACGAUACGGAGCGGCAUACACUAGUGGUUCUCAGGAUGUCUAUCACCAACACGCCUUCGAGUAAUGAUGCUUGCCUGAGCAUUGUACACAGCUUGAUGUGUCACAGGCAAGGGGGAGAGAGCGAGACCUUUGCCAAGCGGGCAAUAGAAAGCCUGGUGAAAAAGCUGAAGGAGAAGAAGGAUGAACUGGACUCCCUAAUCACAGCCAUCACCACCAAUGGAGCUCAUCCCAGCAAGUGUGUCACCAUUGGGCGGACUCUGGAUGGCCGUUUGCAGGUGGCAGGGCGGAAAGGGUUUCCCCACGUGAUCUACACUCGGUUGUGGAGAUGGCCUGAUCUGCAUAAAAAUGAACUGAAACAUGUGAAAUAUUGCCAGUUUGCGUUUGACCUGAAGUGUGACAGCGUUUGCGUGAACCCAUACCACUACGACCGGGUGGUGUCUCCAGGUAUUGAUCUAUCAAGUUUGCAACUUACCAGCUCAGCUCCAAGCCUGGGACUGAUGGUUAAAGAUGAAUACGACUUUGAUGGCCAGGCCCCACUGCCCACCAUGGACGGGGGUCACUCCCUCCAGACCAUUCAGCACCCCCCCUCUAGCCGAGGUGGGCCACCCUCAGAGCCCUUCGGCACCCCUGGCCUGCUGUCCCCCUCUGAUGCCAGCACCGCCUCCACCUCCGCCUUCCCCAGCAUCUCUGUCGGAUCAGGAAAUGCCACCUCCACCUGGACUAGAAAUAGCAGCUUCACGCCCAACAUGCCUCACCAUCAGAAUGGGCACCUGCAACACCACCCACCCAUGCCUCCUCCAGGACAUUACUGGCCUGUGCACAACGAGCUUGGCUUCCAGCCACCCAUAUCCAACCAUCCAGCGCCCGACUACUGGUGUUCCAUCGCCUACUUUGAGAUGGACGUGCAGGUGGGCGAGACCUUCAAGGUGCCCUCCACUGGCCCCGUCGUGACGGUGGAUGGCUAUGUGGACCCGUCUGGGGGAGACCGCUUCUGUCUAGGCCAGCUGAGCAACGUGCACCGGACCGAGGCCAUCGAAAGAGCCAGGCUCCACAUCGGUAAGGGGAUCCAGUUGGAGGGUAAAGGUGAAGGGGACGUGUGGGUACGCUGCCUCAGCGACCACGCUGUGUUCGUGCAGAGCUAUUACCUGGACCGGGAAGCCGGCCGCGCCCCUGGUGACGCCGUGCACAAGAUCUACCCCAGCGCCUACAUCAAGGUGUUUGACCUGCGUCAGUGCCACAGGCAGAUGCAGCAGCAGGCAGCGACGGCGCAGGCGGCAGCCGCGGCUCAGGCAGCCGCCGUGGCUGGGAACAUCCCUGGGCCGGGCUCUGUGGGAGGCAUCGCUCCUGCCAUCAGCCUUUCAGCUGCUGCCGGCAUCGGAGUGGACGACCUGAGGAGACUGUGCAUCCUGCGCAUGAGCUUCGUCAAGGGCUGGGGUCCCGACUACCCCCGGACGAGCAUCAAGGAGACCCCGUGCUGGAUUGAGAUCCACCUACACCGGGCCCUCCAGCUACUGGACGAGGUGCUGCACACCAUGCCAAUCGGUGACCCCCAGCCCCUGGACUGAACCACCAGCCUGACCCCUCCACUGUGAGACUUCAGUAUGACAGACCUUGGAAUGAGGUGGUAGGUAGAACAGGAAAGACACCCCGGUUUACCGCUUCAAGGAAGCAAAGACUUUUCUCUCUGUGGGUCGUUCCUCUUUCUCUUUGCCUU